AUUAUAUUUCAAAAAUUCAUCUAGAAUGUUAAAAUACAUGAAUAUGUAAAGUAUUCAAAAAUAGGACUCACAAUUAUUAUUUAAGAAGUCUCGUAUAUUUACGGAGCAACAUGAGAGGCCCACCGAAUGGCAAACGACUUAUUGGCCAUGGGUUAUUGGAAUUGGCAUUAAUCUUAGCUGCUUUGAGACAAACCAAUGUCUUAGAUUUCUCACAAGAUUCUGGUCAAGAAGAGGCUGUUUAUCCACACGAUGGUUUCUAUGACGACGGCCCUCUAUUGGGGAUCGUGUCUCCAGCAAUGCAUCAUUUUCAACAACAGCCUUUGUGGGGAGGACCUACACUCUCACAGAAAUCUAUUGACAAUUAUUAUGACAACAUAAUCGACGAUUAUGACCAUAUAGUAGAAGAGUAUGAUAAUAUAAUGAGAGAUAUCCGCUCUAGGCCACCAGCGAUUAUCAACCCAGCUGCUAAUCAUGUAAAUGUUGAAAACCGUCCCCUCGAAACACGAAAUAAUAGGAGUGUCAUUACUAUGAUUCUCAGUAUACCAAACGAAUCCAGUUCGUUCCGUUCUGAUGGGGGAGUUCAAGUUUCGAGAAAUUUCAACUUCCAAACUGAAGGGGCAGUUGGUGGGUUCGGAGUUGGGUUGCCAUAUUCUGCAGAUGAAAGUUUUGAUUUAUUUAAUAACUACGUACCUGAAAACAUGAGGGACGAUGACAUCGAUAAUUUAAUUCUGUCAUCCAUCAAUGAAAUUUCUGGCAACACUGCCAGUAACCAAAGUAAUCCUGAUGUUCGAUGGCAACAAUAUCUUUCAGAUUUUGAUAACUUCUAUCCUGGGCAUAAAUCGUUGAAUUAUACUUUCGAAAAUUGGGGUAACUUUGACAUUUUGAAUGAAGCAAUGCAAAGUGCGGAGCUGUUUUUACCUCUUGUGCCUAACAGUCAAAAUUCAAGCGAAUUAGAGUUCAACUCUUUGGCUACACCUUUGACCACAGAGGAAAAUUCAGACCUUAUAACGUCUUCUCGAAUUGAAAUGAUAGAAACUAGUGAAUGGUCGUCUCAAAACCAUCAAGAAGACUUACUAUUUCCCCUGUUACCCCCGCCAUCAUAUGAAGAAAUCAUGGCCGCUGAUCAAGCAAACAGAAGUUCACAAAACACAGUUAAACCAGAAGAAUCCAAUGAACACAUGCAUGAUCACACUUAUUUUAAUUCUUCUACUCCCCCUCCACCAGUUGCCACGGUAACCCGACCAGCAGGGUACGCGAUACGUUCACGUCAUGAAGUUUCAACUCGUGUUAUUUCGGUUGCGCCCCGUCCUCGACAUAUUUCAGGCAGCAGCUCACAAUCUACAACUUCUGAACUCAGUGUAGUAAGUGAACCAACACUUGAGGAACAUGAAAUCACAAGAUCUGGGACACGUCGUAUCACGACAAGUUCAGAAACCAGCAUCGAAGAUAUGGAGCAAGAUUUUAUAGGUGUAAGUGAGCUCGAUUUGGACACAUUUGAGAUCACACCCGUUAAUUCAGCGUCAUCCUUUUUUCAAAAUCUUACAAAUGAUGUCAGACUUCACAGAGAGGUCGUAUUAUUUAUUAAUAUCUUUAUGCGUCAUUACUUUAUUGAUCAUGAAGGGAUCGCUGAUGAAUUUCUGCUUUUUUGCAGCAUGGACCUCAAUGCACUCUAUCAACAAGAUAUUGAUCUUGGUGUCAACUGGCCGACCUUUGAACCUGUCAAAACUAUCAAGGAUGUUGGAUUCAAUGAGAAGCUGACCUUUAACCCUGAGGAAUACGUAGUAGAUGGAGAGACAGGUGAAUAUCUGCCCAUCGUCAGAGAAAACAAAAUCCAGAAGGAAGUUAACACCGAUGAUGCUGAGACUGGACAAAACUCUGAAUUCAACAUUGAUGAAUGUUUGGAUUUCCUACAAAACAGUAUGGAUUCUGGAACUGGCGAGAGCAUUCAGUCACAAGGAUCAGUUGCCCAGCUAGAUCAGAGUUACCAAGUUCUGGACAAAAAUGUUGGAUCUAUAAAUGCCGAACUGUGGGAUGACAUUGCUACUCUGUCUGAGGCAUACCUUGCUUUAGAUUCGGGAGAUUUCACAGAAGAUAUGUCACCUAAUGGAUCGGUGGAUUCAGACAACAGUCAGCAAUACCAACAGUUAAACUCAUACCAGAAUGAGAUGUAUGCAUCCCCGGUGCAGGUUCAAGUCUCAGAACAGAAGCCAAUUGCAAAAGAACAGCAAUUCUACAAAGGAACAUACCACAACUACCCUACUCCACCAUACGUUGACCAGAGUGAGUCACCACCGACGUUCGCUCAUCCAACGAGCGUAACCUUUCCGGCAGAAAAUCCAGAAAAACCUUUUGGACCUGCAGAUGUCGAGGAAGCAAAAUUGGCAGAAAUGCUGAUAACGCAACAAAACGAUCUUCUCGUUCAGUUGGAUAACGUUGCGCAAAUCAACCUUGGCGCUGGUGGCACGUCUCCUCUCUCUGCAGAGCAGCCAGCAGCACCAGGCAGUUGGUUUUUUGGUGGAGCUGAACCAGAAAACAACUUUACUCAAGUACUAACUGAGCUGGAUAUGAUGAACAACAUUCCCAACCAGGCUGGUGCGUAUCUAAAUCCACCUAACGCUCCUUAUGUUCCUCCACCAAUCAACAACCUUGACGUUGUAGGGCAGGGAAGAGUAAGCAGGGAAUCAGAAUCAAUGGACAGCGGUUUCGGAGACGGAAUGGGAGUGACUCAGCAUAUGGAUAUAGAAAUGGCUGAUCAAGAUGUCAUGAUAACUGAUCCAAGUGUGCUGAUAUCUGUGGAAGAUAACUAUAUUGAGAACCAGACUGACGAACAAUUUGAGAGGAAAUAUAGUCAACGUGAAUCUCGUGAUUUGAAGAAAGCUCGUGAAUUGAACAUCAAUUUGACAAUGGAUCAGAUCAUCAAUUCACCGGUGGAAGAAUACAAUGAACUACUUUCUCGUACAAACUAUAACGCUGCUCAACAGUCGCUCAUUAGAGACAUCAGGAGACGUGGAAAGAAUAAGGUCGCUGCUCAAAAUUGUCGCAAGCGUAAGAUAGAAACAAUCUCAUCCAUGGAGAUUGACAUCGACAGUUUGUCCAUGAAACGACAAGAACUGGUGAACAAACAAAAAAGCAUUGAAGAGAUGAAGAAGAAAGUUCAAGCCAAGUACAAUCAGCUUUAUCAACAGAUAUUCAACUCUCUUCGUGAUGAGUCUGGACGCCCAUACGAUCAGGGUCGUUAUUCACUUCAACAAGUCGAAGGAGCCAUAAUUCUUGUUCCUGGUAACCAUGGAAACCGAGAUGAUAAAAUGGAUUCCAACCGCACCGUCGCUUUCUUUGACCUUUCCAAGGUCAAACUUGAGAAAGACAUCUAACUGAAUUGAACAAAAAUUUAGUUUUGUGUCGCGAUAUUCGCAAAUGCUGUAAAUAGCCGUGUUGUGGGGGUUAAAACAAGUUGUUAGCGCCCCAAGUGGUCGCAUGAGGGAGGGAAUUAAAAAUAAUGUCAUCAACAAAAGAUGGCGUCGAUGGGGAUUUUUACUUUUUUUAGUUACAAAAUUUUUUAAUGUAAAUUCUGCACUUGUCACCAAUUUAAUACUAUUAAUUAUUAGUUGAUCAUGUCAAAAAUCAUUUUUGUUUAACGAAUGAGUCCCAACCUGUGCUUUGAUUUGCUUUUUACUUUGCCAUUGCAAAAAAGGAUGAAUUAAUGCAUAACUGAUCAAAAGAGCAAUAUAUGAAUAGGGUUGGCUAGAAAAAGUUUCUAUUAAAUUUGGAAUUAUUCAAAAUCAUGUAUCUCAAUGGAGAUGUCUGAAAUUUGUCAUUUUGGAGAUGAAAUCCGGAAUUUCCGAUGUAAAAUUUGAAAUAUAUAUUACAAGAUAAAUCUAUUUUGAUUAUUUUAAACUAAUUCAGAAAUUCAAAUUAUCCUAAUAGUGACACCCCUAUUCAUAAGCUUUUACUUUUUCAUCAUUUCAUCAAACACCCAAACAUAUCAGUAACUUAAUUUGUUCAAAAAUCUCAAAUGAGUUUGUGUACUUUGUAAUGAUAAGUUUCAAAAAUAACCAAUUUUUAUGUUUUAAAACGUUGACUAAAAUUGAUUUUUGACUGAUUUAUAUUCUCUUGUGUGAUAAUUUUGUAAUAUGUAGUGUGUCAAUGUUGAGUGAGCAUAUUCAAUAGUAAUACAGAUUGUUAAUGUUGAGUAUCUGUAACUUGAAAAAAAAAUUUCCGAGUCGUUUGAAGAAUUGACCCUCGUCUCCAGGUUAAUAUGGCUGCUGAAAGGCAAAUUCGAUUCUAGUUCCCGGCUAGGAAAUUUAAAAUUUUGAAUCGAAAAGACCUAAAUUUGUAAGUCUUUUUGUGGGAAAACCAGAAAUGUGAUUCUCAAUUAGGUAAUUUGAAAACAAAGUGGCUUUUAAAUUCAAAACACAUCGACUUUGAUAGCUGCAUAGUCAUGUUUAUUGAUUGGUUAUCACUGGUUUAACGGCCAUAUUCCAAAUUCAGCUUAGCAAAUUCUUUACAAGAAACAUGGAUAAAGGUUAUGAUGAUAAUAAGUUUAUUUCGACUCCAAUUUUUAGUUCUGUUCAAGUUAUUUUAUCGAUGGAUUUUUUUGGAUUUAUUGUUUUUGUAUGGGUGAGCUUUACGCUAUGGUACUUUAUAAGUAGGAAUUGUAGUUUACUAAUCUUAGUUUUAUAAACUCUCAAAAUGGAAUGGCCUUUUUCAAAAGUUCAAAAUAAAUAAAGUAAAUUUGUACAGUUGCAAAAGGAAAUUUUAACAGAAAUUUUGGGAAUCAACAAUUCAAAAUAGCAAUAUCUUCACAAACCUCUUGCUCCAUCUAUUGAGACAUAAAUCACUAGUAGCGACAUAGGUGUAGGUGAUUCAAUAAAUUUGGUUGGUCCUAUUAAUGGAAAGAAUUUUCCGCAUUUCACAAAUCGAAUGCAAAUUCCAAUAUAAUAGAUAAAACUAUGUUUUAAUCGUAACCCACAAUAAACUACCAAAUUUUAUCUUCCUCAAAGUGAUUUUCUCUGACAUACAUAGUCAGUUAGCCAAUACUUUUCAAUGUAUUUAGAAUACAUUUUAGUACAGCAUUCCCGUUAAUCUAUAUGUGAUCAGUGGCUAAUGACAUUUCAGUCCCUGUUUGUAACUUUUCUUAGAAAUUUCCAGAGUGUAUACAUAAGUAUAAGUACAUAACUGUGCUGUGAGCAAAUUCCUUUAAAAAUGUUGUAUUCUUGGCUGAAUCGCCUCUUUUCUUUUCGUGAUAACUUUUUAGAUCGUAACGCUAUAUGUUUCAAAUUUUUCAUAAAACCAUAUAAUUUAGAAUAAGUUUCAAUUUAACAUGGUGUACCGUAUGUUCCAUCUGUUUGUUCAUGGUUCAAUACAUUUUCAUGCGUAAUUUUAAUAAAACAUUCACCUGUUCAUAGCACCAAUAAUAAUUAUUGUUAAUUUGUAGGAUGUAUAAGACAUAAGCCACUGGCUUCAAAUGAGCAGGAUUGGAAAAACUUGAGUCAAAUUUCAAUUCGGAUUACUCCAGUCAAUUGAUUCACCAAAGUGGCUUUACUUGUACUUAGGUGGUUCCCCUUUUUGUGGCGGGUAUUUUGUAUGACCUUUGACCCAAGAAUUCGAAAUGGUUUUACAUUUUGAACGAUCUCUGAAUUGAGAACUUGGAAUGGUUUGUACUCAAGUGAUGAGUAGCUGAAGAAUCAUGUGAAUAUUUCUAAAGCAAAACUAUAGAGUCGAGAUGACCUUAAUUCGUGGCAUGGGAUAUUUGACCAAUUAGUUUUUGAAUGCAAAUCACCAAUCAUAAUUGUUCACCUUUGAACCGGUGGCUUUGUCCAAAGUAAUUUCUGCACUAACUCCCAUAGUUUGUAGUAUAUUAGACCAAUAUAUAAGCAUUUAUAGGGGAAGUUCAGCCUGAUUUAGUUCCUUUGACUGAUAAACCCAUUAAUUUCUUGUAGCUAAUAAAUCUGUAUUAUAUUGUA